AUGGCCGAGCCACAAACACAAGACGAGAUCGACGCCCAGGAAGCCGAAUUCACCCAAUACAUGAACAGCUCCAUGACCUCCCUCGCCAACACCUUUGCCCAGAAAGCGACCUCAAUCGAUGUCCAGCUUGCUGGCAUUUACCGCCGCCAGACGGAAGAUUGGAGGGAGAAGAAGCUUGAUAGUAUGCUGAGGGCAGACUUGGCGUCGAAUCAUGCGAAUGUGGAUUUGACGUGUGACUUUGACUGGCAGAAGGGUGCUCCGUAUACGACUGAUGAGAAUAAUGGGAUUUGGACGGGGUGGUCGGACGGGAAAAGAGGGUACAACAUCGCCACAAAAUUUUCCACGCGACAGUGA